AUGGUUGAUCGUUCAGUGAUAACCAGUUCCGUGGUGGUUGUUGUUGUGAAAGCCAUAGCUUUAUUCACAACGCGAAAGGGUUUGAACGAGUUUUUAGAAAUAAUCAAAAGCUUGGACAGUGAAAUCCACGAUGAAUCACACAUUUUCCAAAUGAAUAAAACCAUCAAAAUCGGACAUCGACUCUAUAUCUCCUAUUUGUAUCCGUACAUUUCCACCUGUGUAUUGUUGGUGUUUCAAACAAUUUACUCAAAACCAGAAACUCGGAUGUGGUCUUCAACGUAUGCAUAUCCAUUUAAAUGGGCUCAACGCACCAACGUUUAUGUGGGCGGACUAUUCCUUCAGGGCAUUGCAAACACGUGCAUCGUUCUUUUUGCCGUCGCAGCUGAUACUUACGGAGUUGUGAUGCUUCAAAUUUUGUCGACGCAUAUUGACAUCUUACAAGACAGACUGAAAUGCUUGGGCCAAGCCAAAGAACUCUCAUCGGACGAACACUUCAAUCAACUGAUUUCGGGCUGCAAGACCUAUGAAAACAUUUUGAGAUGCUCAAAAUUAUUAGAAUCCACUUUGGGAUCUGCUUUGUUCGCGCAGUUUUGCGUGAGUGGUGUUGUGCUUUGCACCAGUGCUUAUCAAUUGACAAUGAUCGCACCGGAGAAUUUUUCCAAAUUGUCAUUUGUUAUCGUAUACUUCAUGUGUAUGAUGACCGAAAUUUUCGUGCCGUGUUUCUUCGGAUCAGUGGCGUUGGAAAAAAGUCGGCUCAUUGGUUGGAAAAUCUAUGAAUCAAAUUGGAUGAAACAGGAUAAACGAUAUAAACAGGCAUUUUCAAUAUUUAUUCAGCGAAGCAGUUUCCCCAUUCAUUUAACUGUGAACAAAAUAUUCUUCUUGGAUCUGAGUACAUUUCUGAAAAUUCUAAAAACCGCUUAUUCACUGUUUGCUCUCUUGAAGAAUGUUUGA